CCUGCAGCCCUGUGCGGGCCUCCUAACAAACCAUGAAGUCUUCGAGCUGCUAACAGAUCGGGGCGCCAUGGGAGCAGUGGACGUGUCGCAGGGCGGCAUGGGGCCGGCAGCCAUAGAGUGCCAGGUCUACACCUACCUCUGCGCCGCCCCUGCCGCCACCCAGACGCGGGCGGCUGUGGCGGCGUGCGCGGAGCGGGCGGCAGAGUUUGGACUGACGCGGAUGGAAACGCUGCAGCUGGUGAAUCUGAGGCCGUCCCAACCUGUAGAAGCACACCUGAUCAUAUCAGACUGUGAGAUGCGUCUGCCGGGUGAGGGGGUGGAGCAGUUGUUGCAGGCAGUGGACGAGACGCUGCCUGCUGCACCGGAGCUGGAAGGAGGGGCGGAGGAGGAGGAUGGUGUUGAGGGGGGAUGA